GCGCGCGACUGGGAGUGCUCGGGGUUCCGGCGCUUGCGGCGGGAGCCACGAGCGGGAGAAAGGGUCCCGGGCUGCCUCGACCACCGCCGCCGCCGCCUCUCCCCUCGCGGCCGCAGCCCCCCGCGCUGGCGGCCCUCGCUGCCGAGACCGCCGCAGCCGCUGUGUGCAGCCUGGGAGGGGGGGCGGGGGGGAGGGGGGCAGCCGCGGCCGCGGGGCGCCAAGGACUUUGCAACUUGCCCGGGAAGGUGGAGGGGCGAGAGGGGGAGGGGGACCUCCGCAGGAGACCGAACGGCCCAGGUUGGAGCGCCCAGCCCCGCAGCGGAUCAUGGUGCAGCAGGCGGAGAGCCUGGAGUCGGAGAGCAACCUGCCCCGGGAGGCGCUGGACACGGAGGAGGGCGAAUUCAUGGCUUGCAGCCCGGUGGCCCUGGACGAGAGCGACCCGGACUGGUGCAAGACGGCGUCAGGCCACAUCAAGCGGCCGAUGAACGCGUUCAUGGUGUGGUCCAAGAUCGAGCGCCGGAAGAUCAUGGAGCAGUCUCCCGACAUGCACAACGCCGAGAUUUCCAAGAGGCUGGGCAAGCGCUGGAAAAUGCUGAAGGACAGCGAGAAGAUCCCGUUCAUCCGAGAGGCCGAGCGGCUGCGGCUAAAGCACAUGGCCGACUACCCCGACUACAAGUACCGGCCCCGGAAAAAGCCCAAGAUGGACCCCGCGGCCAAGCCCAGCGCCAGCCAGAGCCCGGAGAAGAGCGCAGCGGGUGGCGCGAGCGCGGGCGGUGCCAAGACCUCCAAGGGCUCCAGCAAGAAGUGCGGCAAGCUCAAGGCCCCUGCGGCCCCCGCCGCCGGUGGCGCCAAGGCUGGCGCGGGCAAGGCGGCACAGCCCGGGGACUUCGGCGGCGCCGGCGACGACUACGUGCUGGGCAGCUUGCGGGUGAGCGGCGCGGGCGGCGGCGGUGGCGCGGCCAAGACGGUCAAGUGUGUGUUCCUGGACGAGGACGACGACGAGGAUGAGGACGACGACGAGCUGCAGCUGCGGAUCAAGCAGGAGGCGGACGAGGACGACGAGGAGCCGCCGCACCCGCAGCUCCUGCAGCCGCCGGGGCAUCAGGCGCCGCAGCUGCUGAGACGCUACAACGUCGCCAAAGUGCCCGCCAGCCCCACGCUGAGCAGCGCGGCCGAGUCCCCCGAGGGCGCCAGCCUCUACGACGAGGUGCGGGCCGGCGCGACCUCGGGCGCCGGGGGCGGCAGCCGCCUCUACUACAGCUUCAAGAACAUCACCAAGCAGCACCCGCCGCCGUUGGCGCAGCCCGCGCUGUCGCCCGCGUCCUCGCGCUCCGUCUCCACCUCCUCGUCCAGCAGCAGCGGCAGCGGCAGCGGCAGCGGCGGCGAGGACGCCGACGACCUCAUGUUCGACCUGAGCUUGAAUUUCUCCCAAAGCGCCCACAGCGCCAGCGAGCAGCAGCUGGGGGGCGGCGCGGCGGCCGGGAACCUGUCCUUGUCCCUGGUGGAUAAAGAUUUGGAUUCGUUCAGCGAGGGCAGCCUGGGCUCCCACUUCGAGUUCCCCGACUACUGCACGCCCGAGCUGAGCGAGAUGAUCGCGGGGGACUGGCUGGAGGCGAACUUCUCCGACCUGGUGUUCACGUAUUGAGAGCGCGCCCGGCUCCUCGCUCUUUCUCUCGGCGGGUGCAGAGCCCGAGGGGUCCUUGAAGUCUUGCUGAUGAUGAUGAUGGUGUCGGUGGUGUCGGUGGCGGUGGUGGUGGUGGUGGUAGGGUGGAGGGGAGAGGUGAUGCUGAUGUUGAUACGAUGUCGUGACACAAAGAAAUUGGAAAAGAUGAUGAAAUUUUGGUGGAGUUUAAGUGAAACGAGUAGUUCUAAAAGAUUUUUUCCUUCCUUUUUUUGUCCCCUCUCCCUUCCUUUAUCGUGUCUCAAGGUAGUUGCAUACCUAGUCUGGAGUUGUGAUUUUUAUCCCCCCCCCCCAAAAUGUGUUUUUGUAAUUACUAUUUUUUUUUCCUGAAAUUCGUGAUUGCAACAAAGGCGGAGGGGGCGGGGCGGGGAGGCGGAGGACCCGCUCCGGAAGGCGCGGUUCGGAGCUGGUCGGUCUUUGAAGUCUGGAAGGCGUCUGCGGAGGGGCCUUCUGGCAGCGCAACUGUUACUCGAGGGAGUUGGUUGGAGAUUUUUUUUUUUAAGAGAUCUUAAAGAACUGGUGAUUUAAAAAACAACAACAAAAAGGGACCAUUGCAACUUUUUUUAUUUUAUUUUAUGUUAUUUUUGGAGGGAGAAAACUGAUGUCUUCUAUGCAUCCGAUUCUUAACAAAACUGCAGGGAGCUUGAAAAAAAAUGCAGACUGUACAAACGCUUACAACAAAAAACUGUGAACUGACUUCAGAUCAGAGUUUACUUUUCCGAACAAAUUGUUUAUGGUUUUACAAAUGUGAUUUCUACUUGCCAACUUUUUUUUUGUAACUUGUUCCCUUAUACCUCCUUGAUUGAAUACCAGACAGCCUAGACCUCAGUACAAAAGGUAUUGAAACAUUUUUGAUACAUAACAGACCUCAGUCUUUUUUAAAAAUUAAUAUAUUUUCAGGCGUAUUUUUGUACAGUGAAAAGGGAACAUUCUUGCUGUGUUUUUCCAGUAAGACUUUCAGGCACUUCUUCCCUUUCGAUUUCUUUUUUUUUCUCCUGUUUUCUAGCAUGCAAGUAUGUUGGUACGUUAUGUCCUGGUUUAAAAAGGAUUAAAAUUUUAAAAUAAUCCUUGCAUCUAAAGGCCUUGUGGUUUAAAGAAAAAAAAAGCAAACUUUUUUUUUGUACAGCUAUAGUAGAGAUUUGUUCCAUAUUUGUAGGUAAAGAUUUAUUGAAAAUGGUGAUAUAGACCUCAGAGCUGUUACCUUAGUUUGAAGAUUGUAUAUGUACUGUACUAUAGUAGGACUUUAUGUAUCUCAUACGCUGUGAUAUGUGGAUGGGGCCCCAGAUGGAAGGUUUAAAACUGGAUUCUCGAUU